AUGGCCAAGACAGGUUAUGUCGGACUGUCGGUCGACCAGUGGGAGCACUGGCUCUGGAACCCAGUUCCCGACGUCCAGGCCUAUUUCUCCCCGUCGGUCGCUGUCUAUAAGGCUAUCGCUGGUGUCGGUCGCAGGAUGCAAUACCAGCUUUCCGACACGGAUCCCAUUCCGGGGCCGAUGUACCAACGGUCGAAGCACAAGGAGCAGGCCCAUCGUGUUUCGGCUGGGGGCACAAUCAUGUGUGUUACUGAUAACGCCGGUCGGGAAGAUGAGGUCAAACUUCUGUUGACCCGGUUCGUGGUCGUGCUGGAAGUGCAGGUCGAUGAGUUCCAACUGGCUAUGGAACAAGGGUCGGUCAGACCAUGCACCAACGACGGCUUCGUCGUGAGGAACCUCGACUUGUCGGUCGAGAAGCACCUCAAAGUCACACGCAUGGACGCCCGCCUCGAGGUGGAGGCGUUGCCAAGUGACGUGCCGGUCGACAAGCCUGCUUUCGUGUUCUACAAGAUCUCCGAUGAUGUGACGGAGCUGUCGGUCGUGAAGAAGCUAGCUACAGCAUGUGGCGGCACGGCGGUCGAUGUGCGGCUGAGCUACUAUGGAGUGGGCAUGCUUCCAGCUGGACUCCUUCACUAUGAUGAAAGCAUGUCGCCGGACUACUACUACGCGCCGACGCUUCCCCAGAUGGGCGUUGAGUCGGUCGCCGCGGACUACAAGGUCAUGGUUCAGUUCAGCAACAAGGUGCCGGUCGGUGACUUCGUGAAGUUAAAGAACCUCGAGACGCUGAAGGAAUACAUGUACCAGAACGAUAAAGAGUUGGAGGAGCUGAACAGUCGGUCGUCAACUCUGAUCGCGAUACAGAAGAAGCUGGUCGCAGAAAUGGAUGAGAUGCUCGCCAAAGAGUCGGUCGUGGAUCUGGCGGGCAAGACAACGGUGUCGGUCGAGGAUCUGGCGGGCAAGACAAAGCAGCCACUCGUCAUGGAGUCGGUCGAGGAAGAUGUUGCAGGCAAGACAAAGCAGCCGCUCGUCAUGGACCAGGUCGCUGAGUCUAGCUGA